AUGACGAUAGCCGAGGAGUUCCGCUCAAGAAACUUCAGUAUCUAUGGACAAUGGACUGGAAUCCUGUGUGUCCUCCUUUGUCUUGCCCUCGGCAUCGCCAACCUUUUCACAACCAAUAUCGUACAUAUCAUCUUCUCAUGCCUAUGCCUUGCCUCGGCAUUCGUCAUCUUCUUCAUAGAAGUGCCUCUUCUCCUCCGAUUCUGCCCUACAUCUGCCAAAUUUGAUGCGUUCAUCCGUACCUUCACGACCAACUGGAUGCGAGCUGCCUUGUACCUCGGUCUGAGUGCUAUCCAAUGGGUCAGUCUUGUCAAGGGAGCUUGCAGCUUGAUCGCUGCCGCUGUCUUCCUCCUCAUAGCAGCAUGCUUCUAUGCACUUGCAGGCCUCAAGAGCCAGGAGUUCACCGGCAGCAAGACUUUGGGUGGCCAUGGAGUCGUGCAGAUGAUUGUUUGA